AGUUACCUGAUUAGGUAAUCAGUGCUGGCAGUAAGGAAAUGUUCCAGCGUGUACUCAUAUUCCCAGAGAGCUUUGGGGUGAGAAACACAGGUCUCUGAUAUCCACAGUGACCAACAAAGCCAUUCACUUUCAGUUUCUGAAUAAUGACAACACUCAAAGGAGCUGUGGAGAGGAAACUGGAUUUUCUUGUCCAACUGAGUGAAGUCCUCUCCCAGAGAAAUGAGCAAGCAAUCCUCCAGUUGGCAGUGAACUUUGAGAACUGCAGGAAGAAAUGGAAGUACACUGAGGAGGAAUUGGUGGCCUCUCAGAGUCAGCUGGCAAAGGUCGAGCUUGAACUGACUGCCCUCAACGUGAGGUUCAAACAUGCCUGUAACCAGCUGGAUGUCGAGUUGAGGAGGAGACACAAGGCAGAACUUGCCUGCGAGCAGCUGGAACACAGGCUGCAGUUGGUUCAUGACCUACUGAAGAGUGAAGCUCCUGGCGCAGUGUUGCUUGGUGAAGAUCGACAGAACCUCCUCCAGGCUCUGGCUGGACACACUCGGCCUGAGGGACAGGCCAGCACCAGGUCCCAGGCUGUUGAUGAAACAGCGACCUCCAACUUCUCCUGUUCCAGCAUCAGUUACGACAGGACACGUGACGAGACAUUGGAUUUGAAUAUUUCUGCACUAAAGCCGGCAAAACUGAAGAAUCGGGAUAAACGGUGUUCCAGCCGCAUUCUGGUCGAUCGUCCACCUGUUGCUCCCAGGAGGUCCCACUCUCGCUCCUUUGACCAAGUUGUGCAAUGCGUGGGCUCCGUACCGGGCAGUGACACAAUGGACAGUAAAACAGGAAGUGAGGGGGAGGUUUGCUGUGGCUCCCCAAGGGGAUUGGCUCGUCAACGCCAUGCUGACUGGAACAGAAGGCGCACCCUGUUGGCAGAGCAGAUUCCCGAGGACCACGCUGUGGGGAGUGUACAACAGCUAGUGACCGCUCCAGGAUCCGCAACACCAUCUCCCGACCCAUUCACAACACCAGGGAGCGCACCCCAGGCCAGGCCCCACACUUUCAUCUCCAAAACGAUCAUUAUGCCGGAGACAUGUGUUCCCUGUGGGAAACGGAUCCGAUUUGGGAGAAUGGCUCUGAAGUGUCGCAGUUGCAAUAUUGUUGCCCACGUGAGCUGUAAGGAGCGAUGCCCUGCAAUCUGUUCACCCAACUUCACCACAAUCUCCAUCAAAAACGGUGAGGGAACUGUUGGAGAUUUUGCCCCCCAGACUGUUCCCAUGAUUCCAUCUCUUGUCAUCCACUGUAUCAAUGAAAUUGAACAGCGAGGGCUCCAGGAGCCUGGCAUUUAUCGGGUACCUGGUGGUGAACGACUUGUGAGGGAGUUGAAAGAGGGUUAUGUACGAGGGAAAGGUCUACCCUUACUCAGUCGAGUCUCCAAUGUUCAUGUGGUGUGUGGGCUGCUGAAAGACUUCCUCCGGAAACUGAAGGAGCCUCUGGUGACGUUCAAACUGCACCCGACAUUCAUGGCACUGUCAGAUCUCCUGGAUGAGCAGAGGAACAAGGACCUCUGUCGUGCUGUGAGUAGCCUGCCUCGAGCUAACCGUGACACGUUGGCCUUUCUCAUGGUGCAUCUUCAGAGGGUGAUGGCCAGCCCAGGAUGUAGAAUGGACAAACAGAACCUGGCCAGAGUGUUUGGCCCGACCAUUGUGGGUCACUCCAAUCCUAACCCCAACCCUCUGGAGGUCUUUGAGGAUACAAAACGGCAGCCAAAGGUGGUGGAACAGCUUCUAUCACUGCCCUCUGAUUACUGGAGCCAGAUGGUGCCGGUAGGACCCAGCAACACUGAACCAGCUCAUAUCUUAACUGGGCACUUGUUUAAACCGUUGUCUUCCCCUGAAGCAGCUGAGAUGGUGAAUCGAUCCCCUGGUUGCUGGAUGCCCCCUGGGAUCCUAGCAAUCUCUGGGAAGAUAUUCCCAUCACCAACACUGAGCUAAAACAGAAGCCAGUGAGAAGCUUGUCAGAAUCUUCACUGAACGUUCGCAAUGCCUCCCCUCCUCCACAACCACCCCCACCCCACGUCGAGUCAGUAAUGCCCAUUGCUUUGGGAGGAGCUGGCAGGUGAUCAGACACCCCAGCCCCCCCAACCCUCGGCCAAGGUGGGGGUGCAAGGUGACUCCUUACCUAAACCUAGUGUUUUCUAAUUGACCCAAUGAGUAAAUGUAAAUGGAGAAGUCUGGGAGUAACAGUUUAUUGAGACUCUGCCAAACAGUGUGAAAUAAAAUGUUAGCAUUGAUAAA